UUGAAAAUGGAAGAGAGCUUCAAGAAAUUUAAUAUCUGGCUCCUUAACAACUCUUACAGGAGGGAAACAACACUUUUCAGGAUUCUUUAUGAUAUGAAAUACAGGAAGGAUUAUUAUAUGAAAGUGAUGUCAAGUGCCUCCAAUAAACAAGAGUUUGAGACGCAAAGAAUAGCAACAGAUGACUCUUUACAUCCAGAUCGUAAAUAACUGCACAAUUCUCCCAUUUGAAGAGUCAUUGUACCUUGAGCAUUACAUUUCCCAGCGUUUGUGCAACCUAGCGCUGUCUCCAUUUUUAGUCUGAUCUCUUGGAGCAUUUUUGUGUUUAAAAAGAAGCGUGAUGUUGUCUAGAUCUCAAAGUAAUUAUUUAUUCUUAACCAUAAAUAACAGAAGGAGAUACUUCAAUACUAUGAAUACUUUCUUGCUCUUCAUGUUUGUUUUGAAUACACUCACUCUCAGUUUGGGAGCCUGAAUAUUAGGGUACCAAACCUGGGCAGGGUUCAAGAGAAGGUAUGCCGGAGGACUUGAUUUUGAAAGACAACUGAAGCUGAAAUAUUUGGAGCAGAUUAAGCUUUAUCGAGAUGUUCAAUUAUAAAA